UAAAUGGUUUUCGGAUCCGAAUGUGGGUAUUUGAAAAGUUGAAUUAGAUCUGAUCCGUUUAUUUGGUCUUUAGGGUGACGGGUCUAUUUGGUUAUUAAUGAGGCUAUUAAUGCGGUCAGUAAUGGAGAACUCACUCCGUUAGGAAUUUCACCGCUUAGAUUUUUCGACCUGCCUCUCCUUUUUCCUCUCCGUCUCCGUCAUUGCCAUGAGCAGCCGGCGUUACUUCGGUGCUUGCCAGCAGGGUUGCGAACUGUUCCUGUCGCUGUCACCGUCGUGACAUGGCGGGGGUGGUGUGUACGAACUAUGGCUCUUCUGCUUUGCUUAGAUGGCUGAGAGGGCACGUAACCUUCAGCAACUCACCGGAUCCGGUCGGAUUCGGCCACCGGUGUAGAUGGCUGUGGGGAUUUGGCCGGAUUUGACAAGAUUUAUGGGUUUCUGAUUUGACCGUCGGAUUUUCCUUUUUGCUUCGAUUUUUCUUUCUCAAGCUUAUCUACUCAUCAGCUUGAUUUUUUCUCUAUAAAUAGCACCUCUUAUCUUGGUUUUGUUCUUUUUUCUUAUGCUUAUGCUUAUGCUUAUGGUUUUCCCUCUUUACUCUCCUGUUCUGUUAGCUCUUUGUUGUUCUCUUGGUUUUCUGCUACAUCUGGUAGCCUAAGCUGGGUUGACUCUGUUGGUUGACGAGAAUCAAAUAUAGCUUCCAAGUGCUUGAUUAGACUGCUGUUAUGGCGCCGGUAGUUUUUCCAAUUUGUUUUCGUGAAUUGCUCCGUGAUGUAUGCCAAAAAUAUUCUCUAUCGAUGCCGAUGUAUGGUGUCCCGGUUGAGAAUGAAAAAGGUGCAAUAAGAGUUUAUGGUGAGGUCGAGUUAGUUAGAGGAGAUACUGUGACAGAAGCUGUGAGAUGUUGGAGUGCGCCGUGUGCUAAUGUUGAUGAGAGUGAAGAAGAUGCAGCACGACGAUGUGUCGGAAAGCUCCAUGAUGAGUUUAGCUUUGAUGUUAGGGAUUUCAAUUUAGAAGAUAAGAAAUGUUUUGAAGAUUUGUAUGGGCGACUUUCAAUAGAGAAUGAAAUUGUUAAGAAAAAAUAUAAGCGCGUGAAAAAAGACUACAGACUUCUUUGGGGAUACUACAACGAUCUGUUGACCGAGAAGAAGUGGUAUGUUACCGAGCGGAUUGGUCUAAAAAAGAUGAUUGUUGCGUGUGGUGAUCUGCUUGAUCGUCCAAAUGCUGUUGCACUGGAUCAGAAUGGUAACGCUGAUGAUUCUGAAGAGGAUCCUGUGGCGCCACCUGGUUAUGGAACUUUUCGCUCUUGAAUGCAUGAUCCUUUUUUGGGGACCUCUAGCUGUGCGAGUUAUCUUUUUGGGUGUUUUAGUACUUAUACUUCUUCUACGUUUUUUAGUAUAGGGAUAUAUAGAAAGAAGAAAUGU